CUGAACGGCGGCGGCGGCGGCGGCAUCCGCCCUUCCCCUCCAACCCUGACGGUGCACAGAGCCUGGGAGCCGGAGCGCCUGCCGCCGGGCUCUUCCCUCCUCCUCCUCCUCCCAGCCGCCGAGGAUGGGCUGCCAGAGGCCGCGGGGCAUCCCCAGGUCGCCCUAAGAACUGGCCCAACAAAGGGAGCAGCCCGGGCCAGGGGGGAUGCGAGCAACCAUGAAAGGCUGCGUCUCCGCCUCUUCUGCUGCUGCUGCUGCCGCCGCCGCCGCUCCUACUGAUCAGAGGACUCCAGUGUAAAGGGAAGAAGAGAAGGCGAGGAGGGAUUGGGCUACGUUGCAAAAAAUAUAUAAAAUAAAACAAUCAAGGGGGGAAAGGCAAGGGUACCCCCCCCAGAAUGUCUUCGUCGUCUGCUUCGGUGGGGCCCCGCGGCCCUCGCCCACCCACAGUGCCUCCCCCCAUGCAGGAGCUGCCCGACCUGAGCCACCUGACAGAAGAGGAGCGGAACAUCAUCAUGGCAGUGAUGGACCGGCAGAAGGAAGAGGAAGAGAAAGAAGAGGCCAUGCUCAAAAGGUUGCACCAACAAUUUGAAAGUUACAAAGUGCAAGUAAGAAAAAUAGGUGAAGAAUCCCGCCGUUUCCAAGGAGAGCACAAGGAUGACACACCCAUGUGUGGAAUCUGUCACAAAACAAAGUUUGCUGAUGGUUGUGGUCAUUUAUGCUCCUACUGCCGGACAAAGUUUUGUGCUAGAUGUGGAGGUCGUGUUUCCCUUCGAUCAAACAAUGAGGACAAAGUGGUUAUGUGGGUAUGCAAUCUAUGCCGAAAGCAACAAGAAAUCUUAACAAAAUCUGGAGCGUGGUUUUUUGGAAGUGGUCCUCAACAGCCUCCCAGUCAAGAUGGAACACUGAGUGAUACAGCUACUGGUGGUAGUUCAGAUGCACCUAGAGAAAAGAAAGCAAGACUUCAAGAACGGUCAAGGUCCCAAACACCCCUAAGCACAGCAGCUGCUUCUUCACAGGAAAUAUCCUCUAUUGUGCAGCCUGACAGAAGGAAAGGCAUAGAGCUAUCACAGCAAGCUAUGGGUCUGGAGCAGAAGCAAACCUCAUCAAGAUCUAGAAGUGAACCCCCAAAAGAGAGGAAGAAAGCAUCCAUGGGCUCUGAACAGAAUGGGAAAGGAGGUCUAAAAGGUGAGCGCAAACGUGUGCCCAAAUCCUCACUUCAGCAGGGUGAAGGACAAGCAGAUGAGAGGGAAUGUAAAGAAAGACGUGAUGGUAGAAGAUUAGAGAAAGGGAGGUCUCAGGACUAUUCAGACUUUCCAAAACAAUUUGAGGAAGGCAAGGCUAUAGAGGAAGAGAAGCAAAGGAAAGAAGAUGACUAUCACACUCGAUACAGGAGUGAUCCCAAUCUAGCAAGGUAUCCUGUGAAACCACACCCUGAGGAGCAACAGAUGCGUAUGCAUGCAAAAGUUUCAAAAGCGCGGCAUGAAAGAAGACACAGUGAUGUUGCCUUGCCACAUACAGAAGUCGAGGAAUCUGAGGUAUCUGAGAAUAAACUAGGAAAUCACGCUCAGUUGCAAGGAACUCAGGACACAAAAUCUCACUUGGAUACUCAGAGAGCUUACUCUAUAGAAAGAACAGGUGAAGUAAGAAUUUCUGUUUCUAAACAAUUAGCUAAUCAUAGCCCAUCAACUCCUAGACAUAGUGUGGUUCCUUCAGAGCAUUUAGAAUCAAAAAAACAUGAUCCCUUUAAAAAAAGCCUAGAUCCUAGCUCUGCUAUUCUCAUUCGGAAAGCAAAGCGGGAGAAAAUGGAGACCAUGCUAAGGAAUGAUUCCCUUAGUUCUGACCAGUCAGAAUCAGUACGACCAUCUCCUCCAAAGCCUCAUAGAUCGAAACGGGGUGGAAAGAAAAGGCAAAUGUCAGUCAGCAGCUCUGAGGAAGAAGGAGCGUCAACACCUGAAUAUACCAGUUGUGAUGACGUGGAAAUAGAGAGUGAAAGUGUCAGUGAAAAAGGUGACUUGGAUUAUUACUGGCUGGAUCCUGCCACGUGGCACAGUAGGGAGACAUCCCCUAUUAGUUCGCACCCAGUAACGUGGCAGCCAUCUAAGGAGGGAGAUCGCCUAAUUGGACGUGUUAUUCUCAACAAGAGAACAACCAUGCCAAAGGACUCUGGUGCAUUACUGGGACUGAAAGUUGUAGGAGGAAAAAUGACCGAUUUAGGACGACUUGGUGCCUUCAUUACCAAAGUAAAGAAAGGUAGCUUGGCUGAUGUAGUAGGUCAUCUCAGAGCAGGUGAUGAGGUUCUAGAAUGGAAUGGUAAACCCCUUCCAGGAGCUACAAAUGAAGAAGUUUACAACAUUAUUUUAGAAUCUAAAUCAGAACCUCAAGUUGAAAUUAUUGUUUCAAGGCCCAUAGGACUUUUCCACCGGCUUCAUUCAGCAAAUUCCAUCAGACGCGUAUAUAAAUCCUUCUAUGACAUUCCAAGGAUUCCUGAGACUUCUCAUCCUCCACUAGAGUCUACUUUGGAAAAUAGGAUAAAAAGGGAAGGUUCUAGCUCAUUUGAAUCUCAAAAAAUGGAACGACCAUCAAUUUCUGUUAUUUCCCCUACUAGCCCUGGAGCCCUAAAAGAUGCACCACAAGUUCUACCUGGUCAACUUUCUGUUAAGCUAUGGUAUGACAAAGUGGGACAUCAAUUAAUAGUGAAUGUUCUUCAAGCAACAGAUCUGCCGCCUAGAAUAGAUGGACGACCAAGGAAUCCUUAUGUGAAAAUGUAUUUCCUUCCAGAUAGAAGUGAUAAAAGCAAAAGGAGGACCAAAACAGUAAAGAAAAGCUUAGAGCCUAAAUGGAAUCAAACAUUUCUGUAUUCCCACGUGCAUCGUAGAGAUUUUAGAGAACGGAUGUUAGAAAUCACUGUCUGGGAUCAGCCAAGAGUGCAAGAAGAAGAAAGUGAUUUUCUUGGAGAGAUCCUUAUUGAGCUGGAGACAGCACUUUUAGAUGAUGAACCACAUUGGUAUAAGCUGCAGACACAUGAUGAAUCCUCACUACCUCUGCCUCAACCAUCACCUUUCAUGCCCAGGAGACAUGCCCAUGGUGGAGAAAACUCUAGCAAAAAAUUGCAAAGAUCUCAGCGAAUCAGUGAUAGUGACAUCUCAGAUUAUGAUGUUGAUGAUGGUAUUGGAGUAGUUCCUUCAGUAGGCUAUAGGUCUGGCACUAGAGAAAGUCAUUCUACAACACUGACUGUGCCAGAACAGCAAAGAACAACCCAUCAUCGUUCACGAUCUGUAUCUCCUCACCGUGGUGACGAUCAGGGCAGGACCCGUUCUCAUUUACCAAAUGUGCCAUUACAGAGGAGUUUAGAUGAAAUUCAUCAGAUGAGAAGAUCACGUUCUCCAACUAGACACCAUGAUGCCUCCCGAAGCCCAAUUGACCGCAGGUCCAGAGAUGUGGAUAGUCUGUAUUUGUCAGAUCAAGAAAGUGAGCUUCUUAUGCUGCCCAGGGCAAAACGAGGAAGAAGUGCAGAGUGCCUACAUACCAUCAGAAAUUCUAAUAAGCACUAUAAAACAUUACCGCCCAAGAUGCCUUUAUUAGAGAAUGGCACUUACUGGAAUAUUUACAGCUCAACUCUGCCUACAUGUGUUAAGGCCAAAUCAGUGCUUAGUCAGGAUAUUUCACUUCUUCGUAAUUGCCUUAACUCACGAAUACCAAGAUUUACAGACGAACUAUUAUGGGUUAGUGAACUGCAGCCCUCGCUUGACAGGGCUAGGAGUGCUAGUACCAACUGCUUGAGACCUGACACUAGUUUGCAUUCACCAGAACAAGAAAGAGGUAUGUGGUUCCCCUCAAUAGAUAGGAGACGACCCACUAGCCCCCGGAUUCAUAUACAGCAUGCAUCUCCGGAGGACGACAGAACAACAGCGAUGGAGUCUUGCAUUCCAAAACAAGACUGUUUAAACCACCUAAGUGCUAAUCCGGAAACAACCCAGAGGCAGUCCAGAAAAGUGGAAAGAUAUAGCACCCAAAAACAAACUAGGAAAGGCUCUACAUCAGAAACAGAAAGAAUGCAUCAACCAGGAAGUCCUAUGCAGUCCUCUUCAGCAGACACGCCCUUCAGCAGCCGUAGGGGGCGGCAGCUUCCACAAGUUCCUGUCAGAAGCGGCAGUAUAGAGCAAGAGACGGGCAACAAGAAGCUAAAAAGCACGAUCCAGAGAAGCACAGAGACAGGUAUGGCAGCAGAAAUGAGAAGUCGUAUGGUUCGGCAGCCUAGUCGGGAGUCAACUGAUGGCAGCAUCAACAGUUACAGCUCUGAGGGAAACCUAAUAUUUCCAGGAGUUCGACUGGGUGCUGACAGUCAGUUCAGUGAUUUCCUUGAUGGGCUUGGACCUGCACAGCUAGUAGGUCGACAGACCUUAGCAACUCCUGCCAUGGGUGACAUUCAGAUUGGAAUGGUAGAUAAAAAAGGCCAGUUAGAAGUAGAAGUCAUUCGAGCGCGAAGCCUCACACAAAAGCCUGGCUCAAAAUCUACCCCGGCUCCGUAUGUCAAAGUGUAUCUUUUGGAAAAUGGGGCUUGCAUGGCCAAGAAGAAGACAAGGAUUGCAAGGAAAACACUAGAUCCCUUAUAUCAACAGACAUUAGUUUUUGAUGAAAGUCCGCAGAACAAAGUCCUUCAGGUGAUAGUGUGGGGAGACUAUGGCCGGAUGGAUCACAAAUGCUUCAUGGGAGUUGCACAGAUCCUGCUGGAAGAACUUGAUUUGUCCAGUGUUGUAAUAGGCUGGUAUAAAUUAUUUCCACCAUCCUCCCUGGUGGAUCCAACUUUGACUACUCUGACUCGCAGGGCUUCUCAGUCAUCUCUGGAAAGUUCUACUGGGCCUCCCUGCAUUCGAUCUUAGUAGAAACAAAAUAGCAGGUGCUCUCUAACAAAGCCCUUAUCACCCAGGAUAACAACGGUGGGAAAAGCUAUUUACAACACUGAGGAGUAUUUUUUGGAAAAGACAAUCAUUUCAAUUUUGCCCAUAGUAGUUUAUCCAAAAAUAUGCCUGAGUUUGUUAAAAGGUGGUUUAAGUUGACCAAACAAAGCAGUAUAUCAAAAUAUAAUCCAUCUGGCAAAAAGUCCCUGAUGUUUGUAAUUGUAAUGAGGAGGGGUCUUUUAGAUUCAACUGGAAAUGUUCACUUUUCCCUUCAUUUUUUUUAACAACAACCACAAACAGUGUUAAUUGCCUAGUGUUCCUGUACAUGUUAUUUCCACUUAUUUUUGCUGUGUAAUUCUGCCAUUUUUUGGUAAAGUCUUCAUGAUGCUAACAGAGACCCUUCCUUUCUUUUUCUAAGUCGAACCAAAAAGGGCUGAAGUACAUCUCUGUAAGCAACUCCAAAAGUGUUCACUUACCAGAUAUGCCAUAUGAGAUGCCAACAGUAUAUUCACUGCUCCUCAGUUCUGGUUCUCCAUAAUAACUGUGGAAAGCCAAAAUAAAUGACCAACCUGUAAUUUAAUGUAUUCUUUUUAUUCGAGUUUUUCAUCAUUAUUCAGUGUAAAAAAAUGAAUAUAUUUGCAUUGUACAUUAUGAUUUCUUAUGUUUUAUGAACAUUUUGCAUGAGAUUUGCAGCUACAACUAAUGCAGGAAACUUGAUUUUUUAAAAAGCAGCUUUGGUUUUCACUUGGACAUUGGAAAGUUGUUUGUAAUAUGAUUGUCUUAUCAGACUUGAAGAGAAAAUUCAUUGUCUUCAUGUGUUAAUUGUGCAACUGACUUCCCAAAUAUUGGCCAGGAAUGGAGUUGGGCAUCUGACACUUUCAGCUGUACCCAGGCUUCUCUUAUAACAUGUCACUUUUGACACAUUUGUCUGCCCUGGUUAGAGCAUGGUAUCAGUUUUUCACUGGACAUUCCAGUUGAAAUAAUCUGCACUUACUCAUGUUUUUAUCAGGUCUCAGUUUACAUUUUUUGGGGAUUGAUGCAAGCACAAAGCUUGAUUUUUUAAAAAUAAAAGGUAGUCUUACUGGGGGGAGGUGGGCAAAUGGUUAGUAAAAAAACAACUGGCAUUUUGUUUCAUUUUGGUUCUUUCUUGGCCUUGAAAACCCUUGUGUUUUUCUGUAAAUGUGCUAAAAACUGCAGAAUGUGCAGGUGCAUUGAGAAGUUAUCCCUCCUUUUAUGGGCCAUUAAUUUUGUGAUCUCACAAAAUAGAGCAGCAUGACUUGGAACUGUUCAAAGCUGCAUGCGCGUUUUGUAAAAAAAAAAGACAAAAUGGAAAAAGAAACAAAAGAGAUUAUUUAAUAAUGUAUGUUAGUUCUACAUAGGCCAGGUUGUAUGUUGCAUGUACUUGUACAGUUUGCUCGUAAUUACUCUAAUGAAGUAACCAAGAAAUCUAAGCCAUCCAUUUUUUCUUAUAGACAUUUUGCGGGUUUUAGCCAGGCUGUGUCAGUCAGUCUGGUGCUAAAUGUCUAUAGAUGGACUUUAUUUUUUACCCUAUGGAAAACGUGACGUAGUACGGACCAAAUUCCUUCUGAUAAAUAUUUUGGUGUAGAUUCCUACUGUGGGGCUGUAACACAUGUAGAAACUGUGUACACAAUUAGGUUUUCCUUCAUAGACAUAACUGCCUGCACCAAGUGAACUAUUUAUUAACUAUUACAAUUAUUAUUUAACAUUGCCAGAACUAUUCUGCCCAUGUUUCCCUGGGGCAUAGAUUGAUUACUGCUCGACCUGCUGAGCAGGAAGAACUGAAGCACUGGUGCACUACGAGAUUCCGUUCUGUCUUUUAGUGGCCAAAAAAUAAACUAAUUAUAAUUCGGUAGUACCUUUCUAUUUUGACCACUUGUCUUAACAUUCCCCUGUGCUUUUAAAUGAAACUUCCAACUCAUGUUCUGUAGACAUGUUUAAUAAAAUUUCCUUUUCAUGUUCA